UGUAGACAAAAGACAUGAUACAUUUACAAACUGAAUGUUAAACCGCUCAUGCAGAGGCUCUAGUAUCAGGCAGAAGAAGUUUAUUAACACAGAUGCGAUGGAUGAGAGGAUAAACACAAUUCACAUUAGUAACAGAUGAUUACAGACAGAUGAACAGCUCAUAGUAACUGAACUGUUUCCAGACACUGUUGAGUGAAUGGCUUCUCAGAAACCCAUCCAUAGAAUGAGUGAGACCAUUUGUGUGAAUUGUUCUUAUCUAUAAACUACUUACUGCUACACCUGCUCACUCUGCUUCUUUAGCAAGGCCUCGAAAGAUUUACAGCACCGGACAUCAUGAGGUCGCCCUAUUAUCCUGCCAGGUCCGUGCUCUUCCACCAGGAGCCCAAUGGAGUGACCUACAGAGUCCCAGCGCUGCUCUACCUGUCCCGCUCCAAAUCCUUCCUGGCUUUCUGUGAGGAGAGACUCAGCCCGUCCGACUCCCAGGCUCAUCUGCUGGUCAUGAGAAAAGGCACUUUCUACAGGAGCUAUGUGGAGUGGGAGGACAUGCGCGUCCUGGGCUCCGCCUUCCUGCCCGGCCACCGCUCCAUGAACCCCUGCCCGGUGUACGACGACUUCACUGGGACGCUCUUCCUGUUCUUCAUCGCGGUGCUGGGCCACACGUCGGAGUCGUACCAGCUGGUGACGGGGAAGAACGUCACCAGGCUCUGCUACGUCUGCAGCACCGACGGCGGCGACACCUGGAGUCCAGUCACCGACCUCACCAAGAGAGUCAUAGGAGACACCAUUGAAGAAUGGGCCACCUUCGCUCUGGGCCCCGGCCACGGCCUCCAGCUCAAGUCCGGCCGCCUGCUGGUUCCGGCCUACGCCUACCACAUCGAGUGCAAAGAGUGCUUCGGCCAGCUGUGUCAGACCACCCCCCGCGCCUUCUGCUUCCACAGUGACACCCACGGCCGGACCUGGCGCUUCGGUCAGGCGGUGCCGGGGCCGGAGAGCGUGGAGUGUCAGAUGGUGUCGGUGGACGAGGAGGACGGCACCAACGUGCUGUACUGCAACGCGCGCAGCCCGCUGGGCUACAGGGUGCAGGCGCUGAGCCUGGACGACGGGGCCGUGUUUCAGGAGGGGCAGCUGGUGCUGAGGCUGGUGGAGCCCCGGAACGGUUGCCACGGCAGCACCGUUGGAUUCCCUGCGCCGUUACACCUGGUACGGAAGCUUAACCAGCCAUCGCACCGCUCCAGACACUGGACGUCCUGCUCAAAUCACAGCGUCACUCCGGUUCCCUCCAGCUCCGCGUCACCCAGUGACGCCUCCUCCCCAGACUUCCUCACCCCGACCUGGGUGGUUUACUCCCACCCCACGUGGCCCACUGCGCGCAAGGAUCUGGGCGUGUUCCUCAGCCUGUUUCCGCGCGACCCCGACAGCUGGCGCGGCCCCUGGGUGAUCCACGAGGGCCCCAGCGCCUACUCGGACCUGGCCUACCUGGAGCUCGCACCCUCGCCCGGAGCGGCGCCCGCCGUGGCCUUCGCCUGCCUGUUCGAGUGCGGCGCGAAAACGGCCUACGACGAAAUCUGCUUCAGCAUCUUCACCCUGUACGAGCUCAUCGAUAAUCUGCCCCGGAGCGCUCAGCUGGGCGCCAAACAGGCGGCUCAGGCGAAGAAGAGCAGAAAGCAGAGAAAGAUGACUGACAUGUGCUCCGUGUCUUAAGUAUAGUUUUUAGAGGGUUGUAAUACAGAUAUCAAGGAUAACUUAAAGCAUAUUAACAAUGACAUCAUAUGAAAAAACAGCCCAUCAUUGAAUAUCACCAUGUAUUAGAAAAUAUUGUUCACAUUGUAAUUAGACUUGUUCAUUCUGGGUUAUUUAGUGGAUUUAUUCCACUAUCACUCUGCUUCUUCUGGGCCAUGUGACCCAGACACUGACAACCACAGGAGACGUACUGUACAAAACCAGUCGUCACUAGUUGACAUAUUCACAUCAGGAAACAGCGAGAAGAAGAACCAUUUGCACUGAGGACGUUUGUGUUGAGGCGCAAACCACUUACUAGGCUUUUUAUUGUAAUGUUGCUCACUGUAACACUUUCUUAUCGCAAAAAAAUAUUAGUUUAUGACAUUUGUUAGGAUCCAGUGUUUGUAAACAGAAUAUGAACGUUUUCCUCAGAAUAAAAUAAUGUUCACAAUUUGCUUUUGUUUUCUUUUUGUUUUUCAACUGAUUAACAAGCAGAAUAAAAUCUUCUUCCACUUAAUAAAUCUUAAUAGAAAUAUUAGGACAGUACUUCCUGUGGAAAUAUUUAGCUGCUUUGCUAAUGAUGCUACUUUACUCUGAAGCAUCAAGCAAACAUAGACUCCACUGUGACUAUUAGCAACACGUUCCAUUCAGU